AUGAUACUGUCAGAUAGAAACAAAAGUGGAACCACAUUCAUCCUCUUGGGUUUCUCAGAUGUUCCAGAACUGCAAGUACCACUUUUUUUGAUUUUUCUGGGUGUCUACACUGUCACUGUGGUAGGAAAUAUUGGGAUGAUUAUAAUCAUAAAAGUUAACCCCAAGCUGCACACCUCCAUGUAUUUUUUCCUCAGCCACCUCUCAUUUGUGGAUUUCUGCUACUCCUCCAUCAUUGCUCCCAAGAUGCUGGUGAACUUAGUCUUAAAGGACAAAACAAUUUCAUUUUCAGAGUGUAUAAUGCAAUUCUUUUUCUUUAGUAUUUUUGUGGUAACAGAAGCUUUUUUACUAGCAGUGAUGGCUUAUGACCGCUUCGUGGCCAUCUGUAAGCCUCUUCUCUACAAAGGAACCAUGUCAGAGAAACUCUGUCUUGUGCUGGUGUUGGGGCCAUAUACAUGGGGUGUGGUUUGUUCCUCGACACUGACAUGCUCCACCUUGCAAUUAUGUUUUCAUGGUUCCAACAUUAUGGAUCACAUUUUCUGUGAGUUGUCCUCACUGCUCUCCCUGUCUUGCUCAGAUACUCACAUAAACCAGUUACUUGUGCUUAUUUUUUCUACAUUUAAUGCAGUUAGCACACUGCUUAUCAUCCUCUUGUCUUAUGUGUUUAUUCUUGUUACCGUCCUCAAGAUGCGCUCAGCUAGUGGGCGUCACAUGGCUUUCUCCACCUGCGCCUCCCACCUGACUGCCAUCAGCAUCUUCUAUGGCACCAUCCUGUUCCUCUAUUGUGUGCCCAGCUCCAAGAACUCCAGGUACACGGUCAAAGUGGCCUCUGCGUUUUACACAGUGGUGAUCCCCAUGCUGAAUCCCCUGAUCUACAGCCUGAGAAAUAAGGAUGUGAAGGACACUGUCCGAAAAAUAAUGAACUCUAAAGUGAUUUCUUAUUGA